CUUAAUUACUGCCAUUCCCAUAAUUUUACUGACUGCGAUUGCAGAGCGUCCUUACUUUGAAGUGCUGUUCAAGACACCUUCACAGGUCCUUGUUGGAGAUGGCAUCUCAGGAUCAGUGAGAGCACUUUACCCCGGCGGACAACCUGUACAGGGCACACUAGCUGUCUCAGUCACUCUGGCAUCUGUUGUACAAAAUGCAACCUCUCCAUUCAUGCUAACACAAAAUAAAAAGAUCUAUGGGUCAACACAGUUUUUCUUCAGCAAAGAUCUGUUUCAAGCCCUCCACACAUCAGGAAUUAGUAGCCGUGUCCAUGUUUCUGCAUGUGUUAAUGACUCCACAGGAUUUAAAGCGAACAAAACAGUUGAAGUCCAAUUUAUGAAGAACACAUUCCAGCUCUCGUUCCAUGAUUUUCCACCUGCACUAAAGCCGUCUUUAAACUUCUCUACAGAACUAAGAAUCUCUAGAUUUGACAGAAAGCCACUCAGCUCACUGGAUCUGACAUACUCUGCUAUGAUUGAAGUCACUCAGAGAACAUCCAUGAUGAAUGCUGAACUGAAAACUCUGACACUUCCAGUGCCUGAGGACGGAAACAUACACAUAAAGUUUAAAUUACAGGAUCAAGUAGCUGUGCUUUUUAUUCGGGCAAGAUUCCAGUCCAGUGAGGAGACACUGGGGGUCUACAACAACUACUCCUCUCCUAGUGGCUCGUAUAUUCAGAUCUCCCCAAUCAACACCUUACCUGCACAGAUUGGAUUGCCUCUUCAACUAGAUGUGACGAGCACCUUUCAACCAAAAAAGCUUCACUUUGUGGUGAGCUCUAGAGGUCAAGUGGUGGCUGCUGGGACAAAGAAUACCUUUUCUUUUUUCCUGACCCCAACAGUGUCCUGGACCCCUGAGGCCUGUGUCACUGUCUACUGCAUCCUUUCUGAUGGAGAGGUCACCAGUGACACAGCACACAUACCCAUCAACCAACAAAACUAUGUAUCUCUAAAAUGGAGCAAUGACAAAGCCCAGCCAGGUGAGCAGGUAUUGCUUUCUGUGACUGCCCUUGAACCCAGCUCCCAGGUAGGAAUUCAGAUAAUGGGGACAAAUGAUGACGCGCCGCAGGCUGAGCUCGACUUGAACGCGAAGCAGGAAUGUGAUAUUAUGAUGCUGAGCAAUGCCAGACUACAUAAGAAAAAACUGCCUGAUGGAACUAAAAAUGAGAAAUGCUGCAGCUAUUGGAUGGAUGCCACUGAAUCCUUGUUGUGGUUAGACACUAAUGUUAGUAAUAAAACAUGGACAAGUGAGAAGAUAACAGUGCCAGAUGGCUUUACUUCUCUGAGAGCUGUUGCAAUGGUGAUGUCAGACAACCUGGGUUUGAGCUUCUCUUCUGUGCCACAAAAGUUGAUUGUGUCCAAAGAUUUUUCCUUGGCUCUGGAUGUCCCAUCAUAUCUCAUUAGAGGAGAGGAGAUUGUGCUGGAGGUGAACAUCAUCAGCCAUUUAGAGCAUGAUAUAGAGGUCAUCGUGCUGAUAGCACAAAGUGAGGCCUUUGAGUUUGUUUUAGAAGACAAAGGGGAUGCCGCGGUGGUAAAUGCACAAAAGCUCACAUUAGGGAGUCAUGGGUCUGCUUCAGCGCUUUUCCCUAUAAGGCCUGUUGCUCUGGGCGAGAUGGAAAUAUCUGUGGAUGCCGUAUCUGCGGAGGCCUCAGACAGCCUUGUUAGGAGAAUGCUUGUGAAGCCUGAGGGAGUUAAACAGACCUUCUCAGAGACUUUGUUCCUGGAGCUGGAACCACUGAAACACAACUAUUCCAGAUUCGUCUCCUUCUCCUUUCCACCAGAUGUGGUACCAGGCAGUCAGAGGGCCCAUGUGGCAUUGGUUGGUGAUAUCUUGGCCCUGUCUGUCCGAAACUUGGAUUCACUGGUUCAGAUGCCUCUUGGUUGUGGGGAGCAGAACAUGAUCCACUUUGCUCCAAAUAUUUAUGUUCUCCAUUACCUGAACACGUCAAACCAGGACAAUAAGGAGAUCAGGAGCAGGGCUCUGGGCUACAUGAUGAAAGGAUACCAGAGACAACUGUCCUACCAACAAAGUGAUGGUUCAUUCAGUGCUUUUGGAGACAACAACACCACUGGUAGCACAUGGUUGACAGCCUUUGUGCUGAGGUGCUUCCUCCAGGCUCAACCCUACAUGCUGAUAGACAACAAUGUCCUGGUCAGGGCCAUGACUUGGCUCUUGAAACAGCAGGGGCCCAAGGGAGAGUUCAAUGAGGUGGGCAAUUUGAUCCACACGGAGAUGCAGGGAGGACUGGAUAAUGGUCCGGUGGCACUCACUGCCUAUGUAUUGAUGACACUGCUGGAGGAUGAGCGCUUUGUGGAGAUGCACCCAGGCAGUGUGUCCCUGGCCCAGAGCUACCUGGAGGACAAAGUGUCCAGUGGAGUGGUCAGUAACUACAGCCUGUGUCUGGUGGCUUAUGCUUUAUCUCUGGCCAAUAGUCCUGUGGCUAGCAAUGCCUUGGCUGAGCUCAGCAGGAGAGCUGACUACAGAGAUGGAGUCAUGAUGUGGAGAUCCUCAGCUGGCCUGGAGUCACAUGACUGGCAGCCGCGCUCAGCACAGAUCGAGAUGACCUCUUAUGUGCUGCUGGCUCUUUUUAGGCAUGGCAGCUUUGUGGAGGGCAUUGCACUCUUUAAAUGGUUAAGCAAGCAGAGAAACCAUCUAGGAGGCUAUGGGACGACACAGGACACAGUAGUUGCCCUCCAGGCUCUAGCUUACUACGCUGCCUUCAGUGGUGCCAAUGCCAUUGACCUCAGGCUCAGCAUAUCUGCCCCACCUUCUUCGUCACUGUUUCACAUCAACUCCACCAAUUAUCAGACGUAUCGGAGCCAAAAGAUUAAUGCUGACAAAGAUCUAAAUCUACAUAUAUACAUGGAAGGAAGAGGAUUUGCAAUAUUUCAGAUGAAUAUCUUUUACAACUUGGGGAGCAAAGAAUUUUCACAGAACCUCGCCACAGACGAGGAGGCUUUCUCAUUGAGUGUGGAUGUUUCUGAGGAAGGAGACCUCAUUCACAUGCUGGUAUCUAUAUGCGCAAGGUUAAAGAACAAUCAAGAGAUAUCUAAGACGGGCAUGGUUAUAUUGGAAGUAGGCAUGCUAAGUGGUUUCAGUCUCUCUCCUGGAUCUGCUGCCCCAACAAAUCUUAUCAGGAAGGUGGAGAUACUGCCUGGGAAAGUCAGCCUCUACCUCGAUUCACUUACCAAGUCAGAGGUUGUAUCACACUUUCAGUCUUCAGAGAAUACAUGGUGGCCCACGUAAAGGAUGCUGUGGUGCAGGUUUACGACUACUAUGAACCCACGACAAAAGCAACAAGAACGUACAACUCAGAUGUUCUGCAAAACAUGGACUCCUGCUUCUUCUGUGGUGAAAACUGCGAACGCUGCAGGCCUGGAAUCACAAUCUCAGUGGACUCCUCGGUCUCAUCUCGCUCAAUAAGCAGCGCCACCUACAGCUUGUUUUGCCUAUGUCUUGGAGUCACCACUUUUUUUGCUGUAGUCUAAUUAUUGAAUUAUAGCUGAAAUUUAAUCAGACAUAAUGAAUAUGCCUUGAGGCAUAAUUUUAGCAUGUACACACAUGGUGCUCUUUUGCUCAGUGCACGUGACUUCUACUGUUUGUGAAUGUGAAUGAGAAAAUACUUCUAGUCUUUGGAAACAUUUUAACCUAUCUGUUAAAUUUCAUAUCUGUACACAGCCUAUUUUUCGGUUUGAUACAUUAAAAAACAAAUAAAAUAAUUUCUUUAGGCCGCUAA